AUGAUCAGCAUCGGGUUAGUGGCGUUGAUCCUUCUGUGCUAUGGGAUACUUCGGAAUUUCACGAAGCUAUCGCGUUUUUUGAAAAUGAGGCGACGGGCGGUGAAGCUGCUCGAGUUGAUCCCCGGACCGCCGAGUAUUCCGCUAUUCGGAUCUGCUCAUUUGUUUAAAUGGGAUAAUGAAGAAUUCACUUAUCAGCUAGAUUGGUGGGCUCGCGAGUACAUCGUCAAGCCCGAGGAGAAGACCGGCGUCAUGAAGAUUUGGGUUGGCCCGGUCCCAAUGGUCUUUCUAGCUUCAGCAGAAGCAGCCAAGCCAGUCCUCGAAAGCAAUACCUUGCUUACCAAACCCUCACAAUACAACAUUGUACGCGAAUGGAUCGGUGAAGGAUUGUUGAUCAGCCGUGGCAAGAAGUGGCAGACCAGACGCAAGAUGCUCACACCGACGUUUCAUUUCUCGAUUUUGCAGGGUUUUUAUGAGAUAUUCUUCGAUCAGGCAAAUAUAUUGACCGAACUUGUUGGUAAGUUUGCCGACAGUGGCGAAGUGGUAGAUCUCAAUCCUUACAUCAAAAGAUGCGCCCUGGAUAUUAUUUGUGAAACCGCGAUGGGCACCAGAAUCAAUUCACAGACCGGAAAGAACGUCGACUACGUCCAGGCGGUUACCCGGUUGAGCCAGCUGAUUUGGGAUCAUGAAAGGUUCCCUUGGUUGUGGUUCCAACCGUUCUGGUACUUGACCGGGAUGGGCUUCGAGUUUGAUCGGCUCGUGAAGCUGUCCAGUGACUUUACCCGGAAGGUCAUCUUCCAAAGACGAGAGAUACUUGAGCAGCGUGGCUUAUUGGCCGAGACAGAGAAAAUGACGCCUGAAGAGAUACGUAAGAAUAAACUCUCAUUCCUGGAUUUGCUGAUUGGGAUGCAGAGUUCGCAAAAUUUGAGUGAUGAGGAUAUUCGGGAGGAGGUUGAUACAUUUAUGUUUGAGGGGCACGACACGACUUCAUCAGCAAUUGGCUUUGCAUUGUGGUGGUUGGGUCAAGAAUUCCACUGCCAACGUCGUUGUCAUGAAGAGAUAGACGCCGUAUUCGCUGGUGUUAACGGACCAUUAACUGUCGAGCAUCUGAAGCAGCUGCCGUACCUGGAAAUGUGUCUCAAAGAGUCGCUACGCCUCACUCCGCCCGUGCCGCUUUUCGGUAGAACGCUUGAUCACGAUCUGGAAGUUGGUAAUUUCACGAUUCCUGAGGGAUGCACGAUAAUGAUGAGCCCGAUGGCGGCUGCUAGGGAUCCGAGGUACUUCCAACACCCCGAUCUUUUCUACCCCGAGCACUUUACCGUGGAUGCAUGUUCCGGAAGAGAUCCUUAUGCCUAUAUCCCAUUUUCUGCGGGGCCUCGGAAUUGCAUUGGCCAAAAAUUCGCGCUUGCCGAAGAAAAAGCCGUGAUGGCCACCCUACUACGCAACUUCCGCUUCAUCACCAUGGACCCACAUCCCGGCAAUCGGUUCCUCCCCGAAUUAAUCCUGAAAACAACCUCCGGCUUCCGGUUCCGCGUCGAGCGCCGGCAACCAGCU